GCUAAUAUAGCCGGUCGACCUGUUCAACACAGUCUCUCCGGUCGCGUGUACCGAUAAUAAUAAUUACCUAACGUUGUUGCUAUUAUUAUUUAUUUAUUUUUAAUUUUUUAAUUCAAUUUUUAUGUUCUCGUACAAAAACCAUCAUUACACGAAAUAUAUCGACGACGACGCGAGUUCGAAAAUGAUGAUACUACAUCACAAGCGCGGUGUUCGAUUCGCGUCCGCGGUGCCGCUCGUAUCAUAGUUUAUCUGCAAUCAUUGAAAAAUUGUAGUUUUGAUAAAAUAAAAACGAAAUGACGUCUAACGCGUCAUUUUGAACAGCCCAUUAUUUUUAACUUAACAAAAUGGUGAAACGUAUCAGUAAACACCACUACGUGGCUACACCCGGUAGCAGCAAAUACCACCACAGAUCGUCGGAGACGCUACCGUACGUGCACAGAGGAUAUUCCACCGAUGGUGAAGACAGCCAAAGAACUCUGUCCGAGUACACGAUCGCCACGGACAGGCCGUCGUCCCGUGGUCACCGGACGCCACCCAGGUCGAAACGGUCCAGGAGUCUGGAGAGGCCGUCCAGCAGCUCCCGAGCCAGGUCGGCGGCUAGCCACCACGAUUCGGACGUUUACGUGACCAGCGCCGCGUACAGACCGCCGUCCGAAAUGAGUCGAGGAUCUCAUUACACCAGCAGGAGCAACCGGAGCAGAGGGCCGGCUCCCAGCCACUACUCGUAUCGGAGCAACGGUCUCGCUCCCUCGGAAGUAUCGACGGUCAAGUCCAAGAUCACACGCAAACCGGGCGUCACCAUUGAGACCAUGUCGGCGCCAAAUCCGUUUUGCCCAAACACUAAGGGCAUGUGCUGUCUGAUGCUGCUGCUUAACCUGGGACUCAUAUUGGUUACGUUGGGUUUCGUCAUCGUCAUACAAUUUUUUGAGCCCCUGUUCGUGUGGGUAUUAGGCAUAAUAUUCCUAAUUUUCGGUUUCUUGACACUCAUGGGCAGUCUGAUCUACUGCGUAACGGUGUGCAGGGACGCCAAGACGCCCAAGGAAGUGGCUAUGCAAAAUCACUACUGGACGCAUCAUUGGCAAAAGAGUUUCGGUGCCACACCCGAAAUACAUUAUAAGACGGAGAAGUAUCCGCCACAAGCCGUGAACCAUUCGGACCACGAUGAGUACAGCGAUCGAUUUUCAAUCGGCAAACAAUCUGACAGGCACAUGCACGGACACAGAUACUAAUUGCUUAGUUAAACAUAAAUGUACAUACAUUUUGUAAUGUUUUUUUUUUUUUAACUGUAAAUAUUUUAAAACGGUUAUUUUUGGUCGACCAAUUUAACAUAAUAGUGGUCAUGCUAAUAUGACACCCAUGUCUUUAAUAUCAAAAUAAUGUAUAAUAUACAAAUAGGUAAUAUUUGAAUAGUUAUUACUAAUCAUACAAAUAUAACAGUAAUUUAUUUCAACUAUUGAAAUAAAGAAGCCGUUUAUUACCUUGAUUUAAUUAAAACACUACUACUUCUGUCCACAAGUUGUACAAUUAAUAAAUGUCUAAAAAAAAUUAUGCUUGAAAUUAUUUAUAAAUGUCAUUUCUUAUCAAACUAAAA